AUGCAAGAAGCCUUGGAUAAAGGAAAAAUGCCUGCCAAAUUGGUCAGACUGGGCUCCGGAUCAGGCCAUCGCCCGAAUGAGGACGCAUUCUCUGGAGCACCAGGCUACGACAUUCUAGACAAAUUCCGGUCUGGCAGCUCGGGUGCCGUGUCACUCAGCGAAGGUGUUCUUGACGAUCAUUCACUGUAUGUGAAGGAGACGUUGUUGGGCUCCCCCAUGGUCGACUCGCAUAGAGCUCUUGUUUUCAAUGCUGACGACCCCGGUGAGCAUGGGCGUCCACGGGGGAGGGCAAGGAUUUUUCAGCUUGUUCGCUAUUUUUCGUGA